AUGAUAGAGGCCAAAGUCGAGCAUUUUCCAAAGAACAGGCCUGAUGUGGGCAAUUGGGUCCUGGCAAAAUUAAAACCAAAAAAGACUGAUGAGCAGCGUGAUGAUAUUCAGUGGGCAACCUCAGAAACCGCUUCAUCCUCGUCAUCAACACCGUCUAACUCCAAUUCAAUUGAUCCUCAAAAUUGUAUGGUUGUGUACACAUGUGGUGCAUAUCGAGAUACGGAUCUACGUGGUGAGUCGUUUACCCGAGCUGGAUUAGGUGUAUAUUGUCCAGAAAAUCCAGAGAAUAAUAUCAGUCGAAGGCUCUCAAUGUUUCCAGUUACUCUGUUCCGUUCACAACUUCAAGCAAUCAUCGUUGCACUUGAACAGGCCGUUGACAUGAAAUAUGAAAGUGUGAUUAUCCGAACAGAUAGCCGAGUUUUCUUGAAAUAUAUUAUGAGGCAAUGGAAAAAGGCAGACGGUGCAUUCGUGAAGAACUAUUCACAAUAUCUUCGUAUCAUUGACCUGGCGUCGAGAAUCAAG